CAAACUCAUCAUUAUUACCGUCUCAAUUACGCUUUCUCCAUCAUAAUACUUUUCUUUUUAUUAGCCUUUCUAGAGAGUUUCAAUAGAGAUGGCUGGUCGUGGAAAACAGCUUGGAUCUGGCGCGGCGAAGAAGGCUACAUCUCGUAGUAGCAAGGCCGGGCUCCAAUUCCCCGUGGGUCGUAUCGCUCGAUUCCUCAAAGCCGGAAAGUACGCCGAGCGUGUUGGAGCUGGAGCUCCGGUUUACCUCGCCGCCGUUCUGGAAUACCUAGCCGCAGAGGUGCUUGAGCUAGCGGGGAACGCGGCGAGAGAUAACAAGAAGACGAGGAUUGUGCCUAGACAUAUUCAGCUUGCUGUGAGGAACGAUGAGGAGUUGAGUAAGUUGCUUGGAGAUGUGACGAUUGCUAAUGGAGGAGUGAUGCCUAAUAUUCAUAAUCUUCUUCUCCCCAAUAAGAAGGCUGGUUCCUCUAAGCCUACCGAUGAAGAUUAG